AAAAAAUGACUUUUAAUCAAUUUAUUUCAAUAAUAAUUGUUUUUUCCCCUCUUUUUUCAGACCAGAGAAAGUUCAUCUGUGAACCUGAAUAACUCGCAUGCAGAUGGAAUUAAAGCGGCCUAUAAUGGUGAAGCAGGUCGCCUCCGACGGCUUAUGAGUAAACACGUGAUGCCUGACGUAAAAUAUGCAGAUAUUAUGCGACGAUUAGUAAGUCGGUACAUUCACCAAACUAAGAAACAAAGACGUCAAGAUGGUGUCAACGAAGAUGAUUUAUUAGAGAUCAAACAAGAUAUUUCCAGUUUAAGAUAUGAAAUCCGUGAGGACCGCAGACGAGAAAUCCUCAGAGCGGAAAACCACCUAGAGACGCUCCGGAAAGACAUAAUCCAUGCUAUAAGGGGUAGCUUUGUUGAUCACCCAAGUCAAAACUAUUCAUAUCAAAAUCACCAGACGAACUUUAGCGGUGACUAUAGUCAACCAGUUCACGCUGGAUACAACCCGACCGACCAUAUCGGUCACGCAAGUCGAUCACAGGUCGACGAACACCGCAACACGCAGAGGAAAUUCAAAGACACUUUGAUUCGUAAUCUUGAAAACAUAUCAUAUGGUAAUACGCCCGAAAAUUUCACGUCUGCAAAAGUAGAAAGCUACCUUUCACAUCUAGAGCAUAGUACUUCUUCGCAAACAACAGAUACCUACCCACUUCCUAAUUUGACCUCUGACCCCUUCAAAUCACAUUCCGGAGAAGUUUAUGCACCAAGACCAACUAACUAUGGUCAUAGAUAUCAUUCUGAUGCAACUGAGCAUGCGCAAAACCAUACUGAGACCAGUUUUAACCAGUCGCGUUCUAGAAUAUUGUCUAAUGAGGAUAUUGAGUCAAUCAAGUUGGAAGUUCUAACAAGUCUUAAAUCAGAAUUGCGCGAGUCUGCGCGUGACGUUGCUAAGGAGAUAUUAAGUCCCUCCCCUGCAACGAACAUUGUCCCUGACCUUUACUCUGAUCUCUAUCAGACACACCUUUAUACACAAUUGUAACAAGAUUUUAAUAAAUGUGUAUUAUCAAAGGAACGUUAUUAAUUGUUACCUAAGUACCCUACGCUGUUAAGAAUAGCAAAUACUUUGACUUUUAGGCUUUUGAAUACCUGGUUAAUUUCCUGCAAGGACAUUCCGCGAUAACAAAUGUGAUAAAAGUCUCAUCAAUGGGAGUAAUUGUUUGAAUAGUUUUCACUAUUUUUGCAACAAGUCAAAACCCGCAUUGAGCGGGGUCAAACGUUCGAUAAAACUCGUCUUACUUCACCCGCUAUCCCCAACACAGAGGAUGGGCGCCGUGUUUACAAUUAAACUGUGCAUCUCCUAAGUGGUAUGAAAAAAUAUAACUUAAUGAACAUAGAAUAUAGCAAAAGCUACAGGUAUUUUGUUUGCAUCAAGUUUAUAUUAAACUGUUAUACUGCGAACUUAUAUAUACGAGGGUUGUCCCAAAUUGUAUAUUUUGAUUUUGUUUCAUUGUGAAAAUGAAAAUAAACUGUGUUAGUGAUUGAAAGGAAAAAUAUAUAUUAAAAAUAUGAAACAUAAUUAUGAAGAUGAUUGUGUGCCAAUUAAAGCAAGACAUUGAUACAUAUAGUAUUAUAGAAUCAGUACUUACUUACAGGUGUUGUAACACGUUUUGAAAAUAUUAAGUGGUAUAACAUCGGGUGUUAACUUCUUAGUAAUUCUUUUUGUAUACUUUGUAAAAUGUAGGGUUAGCAUACAAACAUAAACAUAUUCUUAGGAUGGCAUAUAUAAUAAUUAUACGAUUAUUGCCUCAGACAGAAACUAAAUUUCUUUCAACGAGGGCAAAUAGAAAAUCAAAAGAAAUAGAAAACUAUUAUUUCAGAUUAAACAGAUUCCAAAAUGAUUUUUCACUUUGCUUUGUGUAUAAAACUG